AUCUCGCUCUGCCUCUCCUGUUUCACAAAUACUCCACUUCCCUUCUCCAUUCCAAUGAAGCUUCUUCAUAGCUGCAACUUACUAGCACUAUGCAUUACAUACCUUGGUGUGAUUCUUCUCUUUUCUAGAAGCCUAAAAUGCAUGCGAAAUGCCACUGCUACUGCUGCCGCUCCAACAAACGAGAGUGAUCGUUUGGCUUUGCUCAAGAUCAAAGAAUUGAUAGCCAAUGACCCAUUUAACAUCUUCACCUCUUGGAAUGAUUCCAUCCACUUCUGCAACUGGCAGGGAAUUACAUGCGGCCACAAGCAUCAAAGAGUUACGGCCUUGGACCUACGGAGCAGUUCCUUAAUUGGAUCCAUAUCACCUUACAUUGGCAACCUCAGCUUUCUUAGGUUGGUCGACGUCCGAAACAACUUCUUACAUGGCAAAAUUCCACAUCAAGUCACUCAUCUGUUCCGGCUACGACGUCUGGUUCUUAGCAAUAACUCGUUGACAGGGAAAAUCCCUAGCAACUUCACCAACUGUCCUGUACUCAAAUAUGUAAUUUUGACGAGGAAUAAACUUACUGGGAAUAUUCCUAAUGAGCUGGGAUCUUUGUUGAAGCUUGUGAGACUUCUGGUUUUCCAGAAUUAUUUGAUAGGAGGCAUCCCGCCUUCUUUGGGAAAUGCUUCUUCACUCGAAGUACUUGACUUUGAGUUUAAUAAUUUCGUGGGAAAUAUUCCAGAUGAAAUAGGCCGUUUGCAGAGGUUAUCUUUCUUCGGAGUUGCGGCCAAUAAUUUGUCUGGUAAGAUCCCUUAUGCCCUUUACAAUAUAUCAACUUUGAGGACCGUUGAUGUUGGAGUUAACCGACUUAAUGGCACUCUUCCGGCCAACAUAGGCCACACUCUCCUUAAUCUCCAAUUUUUGUCCAUCUCUACUAAUCAAUUCUCUGGUCCAAUCCCAAUUUCACUAUCCAAUGCUUCCCAGCUUGAAUUACUUGAUCUCUCCGGAAACAAUUUAGUGGGACAAGUUCCAACUGAUCUAGGAAACCUGAUAAAUGUCCAGAGACUAAAUGUUGGUGAAAAUAAUCUUGAGAAUAAUGCAGUCAAGGACUUGGAUUUCAUAAAAUCUUUGGAAAACUGCACCAAACUGGAAAGGCUAGAUUUUUCUUAUAACAAUUUUGGAGGUUGUUUACCUAAUUCUAUAGGAAAUUUGUCGAAGCAACUCAGUGGUUUAUUUAUUGGUGGCAAUCAAUUAUAUGGAAUUAUUCCUGCAGCAUUAGAGAAUCUCAUCAAUUUAAGUAUCCUUAGCAUGUCGGAAAACCUGUUCAAAGGCACUAUUCCCACUUAUUUUGGGAAGUUUCAAAAGCUGCAAGGAUUGGCUUUAGAUGGAAACAGAUUGUCGGGACGCAUACCAUCCUCUAUAGGUAACCUCACUCAAUUGGUCAAACUUUACUUAUUUCAGAACAAAUUGAAAGGAAGCAUUCCAUCAAGUUUUGGAAACUGCAAAAGUUUGCAGUACUUAGAUAUUUCAGAAAAUAAUCUUAGCGAAGCCAAAACAAGUCUUUCUUCCCAAUUACUUGGACUCUACUUGUCACAAAACUCAUUAACGGGCAUCCUACCUAUGGAAAUAGGCAAUUUGAAAAAUAUUGUGGAUUUGGAUGUCUCUGAAAACAAUUUGUUUGGUAAGAUUCCAACAACCAUUGGAGAUUGUUUGAAAUUGCAGAACCUCUACAUGCAAGGUAAUUCAUUUGAAGGAGACCUACCUCCAUCACUGGCUACCUUUAAAGACCUUCGCUAUGCAGAUCUUUCAAGAAACAAUUUCUCAGGAUUAAUUCCUAAAAAUUUACAAGAAGUUUCUGUUUUACUAUAUUUGAAUCUUUCUUUUAAUAAUUUGAUGGGCGAGGUACCAACUGAAGGAUUCUUCCGAAAUGCAAGCGCAAUGUCGGUGAUAGGAAAUAAAAAUCUUUGCGGAGGUGUCCCAGAAUUGCACUUGCAAGCAUGCGAUGUCAAAGUUAUGAAGCAAGGAAAAUCUCAUGCAUUCAAAUUAACAAUCAUAGUUGUUGGUGGGGUUUUAUUUUUCAUCCUAUUUUCAUCCUUUAUUGUCCUUUAUAGGAGGAGAAAAUCAAAAAAAGAACCAUCUUCUACACUCCCAAAAACCAGCCAACUUCCUAAUGUUUCAUACAAGGAGCUCUAUCAAACUACUAAUGAAUUUUCUCUUAGAAAUUUAAUUGGAUCCGGUAGUUUUGGCUCCGUAUAUAAAGGAAUAAUUGAUCAAGAAAAAAAGAUGGUUGCUGUGAAAGUAUUGAACCUUCAACAAAAAGGAGCUACCAAGAGUUUUAUAGCUGAAUGCAAUGCGUUUAGAAAUAUACGCCAUCGGAAUCUCGUUAAGAUUUUAACUUGUUGCUCAAGCGUGGACUACAACGGCAAUGAUUUCAAAGCUCUAGUUUACGAAUUUAUGGAAAAUGGAGACUUAGACAAGUGGCUGCACCAGGAUAUCGACAAUGAAAAUCGACCAAGACAUUUGAGCCUCCUUCAAAGACUAAAUAUUGCGAUUGAUGUAGCUUCUGCAUUACAAUAUCUCCAUGAUCACUGUGAACCACCAAUUAUUCAUUGUGAUUUAAAGCCAAGCAAUAUUCUUCUUGAUAAUGACAUGAUUGCUAAAGUAAGUGAUUUUGGUUUGGCAAGGAUCCUCUCUAAAACAAAUGAUGUUUCUCAAAAUCAAACUAGCACGGUUGGAAUAAAGGGUACUAUUGGCUACGCUGCUCCAGAAUACGGAAUGGGUGGUGAGGCAUCGGCACAAGGAGAUGUCUAUAGCUAUGGAAUUUUUGUGUUGGAGAUGUUUACAGGAAAGAGACCCACUAACAAAAUGUUUAAAGACGAUUUCAACCUUCAUAACUUUGUUAAUAUGGGAUUGCCAGAAAAACUUGUGCAAAUUGUAGACCCAAAUCUUUUCAAAAGAGAAGUAAAUGAACUAGCUGUGGCACCAGAAGAAGAUGGCUACAACGACAAUGAUCACAAUGAAAUUGAGGAAAUAGAAGAAAGUGUCAUUCUUGAGAAUCUAAACCAGAUGAAUUCUAAUGUGCAAAAGUGUUUAUUUUCAAUUUUCAAGAUCAGCCUUGCUUGUUCAUUAGAAUCACCAAAAGAAAGAAUGAAUAUGGAAGAUGUCACUAGCGAACUACUUCGGAUAAAAAAUGCUUUUCUAGAGGUUGGGAGCCAUCGAUAAGGACCAAAGUAAGGAAAACGGAGCUUUGUGAAGAAAAAAUCAUAUUACAGAAAUGUUGAGCACUGGCCUGGCUGUUUGUGCGCAUAUGUAUUUUAUUGGAAUAAAUCAAACCGAGUUUUGAUCUGCAUGUUUAAGACAAUAUCUUUUCUUACAAACAUGUAUUUAAUAUGGUAAUGCACUAAAAUAUAUGAGAAUAAUGUCAGGAGCUAUUAUUUUCU